GGGCGCGGCCUUCAGCGGGACGGGGCUCACUGUCCGGCCGGGGCUGGGUGGCGGUGUGGGCAGAAGGCGGCGGGGAAUGGAGGCGGGUGGAGGGGAGUGGCGUGGGCCGUGUUUCUCGUGGUGCUGUCCUUGCCGUCCUUCCCAUGUUGAAUGAUCCGCACGUGUGACCUGACCGUAGUUUUGCACCCUGUACCAGCAGAGCGGCGCUGCCUGUUGGGCGUUGUUGUUUCUGCACAAAGCACGGGCUAAGAGCAGUAUUUGAGAGUUCUUCUUCGUUUUUACUAAAAUAUUUUAAGUUGCUUUUAAUGACAGCUCAGUUGUGCCUUCAUUUUUUUUUUUUUUUUUAAAUUUCAAAACUCCUCGAUAUUUUUGAGCAAGCACCGGUGCUGUGAUGGCCUCAUGUACAAAGCAGCUCGGGUUCUUCGGUAGCUGUGUUUGCUUCCCGAGGCCAGGCUCCCCAGAGAAGGCAAACUGGAUGCAAACAGGAACUCUUCAGCACAAGCAGCGUGCUUUCUAAAGACAAAGAUGAAUCUGCUGCUUCCAAAGACAGCACACCUGAAGGGGCAGCAAAGAGGCAGGUGGAUGGAGCAGAAACACCAAAGCAGCAGCUGUUAGACAUUAUUGGUAAUAUGAAAGUGGAAGUGAGCUACAGGAAGAAACUCCAACAAUUAAAAGCCAGUGAGAAGCAAGCCGUGAAAAAACUGGAAGGCCUGCACAGUGAAGGUUCUGUGCCUGAGGGAAUUACAGAAGAUGCUCAACGAGGCAAGCCUUUAAAUCCAGACCUGGUGAAGGCUGCUUCUGCAGUUGCAUCUUCCCUUCCACGCGACAAGAAGCAGACAGAAUCAGAACUCCUUGCUCAACUGAGAAGACAUGAGGAAACCACAGAUAAACAGAAGAAGGGGGGAACUGUUAACAUACGCAACGUUAUUUCAGAAAUGAUGGUUAAAAGGCAGUCUCGAGACCAGUGGGGUGUGAGGCUAUCCAGUCGCAUUUCCUUGCAGUUGGAUGAGGAUGGUCGAAGGAUAAGGCCUGAAAGGUCAUCAGCUCAGUCUAUGGACUCCAGAAGAAGUCUCAAAGUAGGAAAGAGGCUUAAUAUAUUCACUAAGGCUUCUACAGAACCAGAGGAAGCACUGAAAACAGUACCUUCACCAACAAUUUGGGAUCUGGAGUUUGCAAAGGAGGUUGCAGCAGUAACUGCACAGCCUCCCCGAAACGGUUUUGAGGAGAUGAUCCAGUGGACAAAAGAAGGAAUACUGUGGGAGUUCCCAAUUGACAAUGAAGCUGGGAUGGAGGAUGAUGCUGAAUUUCAUGAACAUAUCUUUCUGGAGAAACACCUCGAAGGCUUUCCCAAGGAAGGACCUAUCCGCCACUUCAUGGAACUAGUCAUCUGUGGGCUUUCGAAAAACCCAUACCUCAGUGUUAAGCAGAAGGUUGAACAUAUUGAGUGGUUUCAGAAGUAUUUUGAGGAAAAGAAGGAACUUCUUCAAGAGAUUUGAGAUUUGGGAAAGUGCUUACCCUUGUGAAAUGAAGAAUCAUUAAGUAUCAGUGCAUAGUGAUCAUGUGGCCUGAAAGUUGUAUUUUAAACAAUAAACUCAAAGGUCAUCUUU